UUCUCUCACCAUUUCUGCCCACUGUGUUCUGCUAUUAGGUUAUCAUCGUAGCCCGCACCGCACACCUCACUCCUUUGUAAACUUUAUUAUUUCUUUAUUUAAAUUUAGUUCAAUAUAUUGAUAUAAUAUAUUUUAAUUUUUUAUUGGUGGUCUCUAACACGGUCGCUUUUAGUUAAGUUUGUGUCCAUACUCCAUAGUCCAUACAAGCCUUACUCUUAUUGGCCAUGGUAAAACGUUAAACUUUAAACACAACAACAAAUCCAGAUUCGUCGAGAAAGAGAAGAAUGGGCGAUUACCAUUUCGUGUACAAGGAUUUAGAAGGAGCCUCUACUCAAUGGGAUGAUAUUCAGAGAAAGCUCGGAAAUUUGCCUCCGAAGGCACCAGCUUUCAAGCCCCCACCUUUCACCCCUGAUGCCUCUGAUGAUCAACCCAAAGACAAAACAUGGAUUGAUUCCAAAACCUCGGAGGAACUCGAAGACCUCGAAGAUGACCUCGACGACGAUCGCUUCCUCCAAGAAUAUAGGAAGAAGAGGCUGGCUGAGAUGCAAGAGGCAGCAAAAGUAUUGAGGUUUGGGUCAGUGAUUCUCAUUUCAGGAUCUGAUUUUGUUCGGGAGGUGUCACAAGCUCCAUCUGAUGUUUGGGUGGUUGUCAUCCUAUACAAAGAAGGGAUUCCUGAAUGUGGGUUGUUGAUGCAAAGCAUUGAAGAAUUGGCAGUAAGAUAUCCUUCAACAAAAUUUGUGAAGAUAAUAUCUACUGAUUGCAUACCGAACUACCCGGAUCGGAAUCUUCCCACUUUGUUGGUGUACAACAACGGAGCAGUCAAAGGAAAUUAUGUGGGUUUGCAUAGUUUCGGGCGAAGAUGCACUCCUGAAGGUGUUGCAUUAGUGUUGUGCCAAUCAGAUCCUGUACUUAAUGAUGGUCAUAAUGGAAAUGAGGCUAUUAUUGAAGGAGUCCGCAAACGGUUUAUAGAGAAAGUUGUUGCUGAUCAUGAAGAGGGUGAUGAUGAUUACUCUAGUGAUUAACAUUUUUUCUUGUCUUUGUUGUUGUUGUUUUCUUUGGAGGGGGGGUAUGUGUUUCCAACUUUCUUUUGGUCUCACUUUUAAAUUUUUGCCUAAAAAAGCACUAAUAAUUCUGUUAAAUACUUAAAUUAUGUGUGUUGUAGGCUUUUCUUGUUCCUAGUAAUUAGAUGGUUUUGUCAGGCAUUAUGUGUAUCAAAGUGGUUUUUAUGUUUUUUUUUUUAAAUUUUUA